CAAAAUGACGUCUGUUAGAGCUAAAGCUUAAGAGCUGACAAAGGCCAGCUACGGUCAAGACUAGAACUUCCAGCUGAUCCAAUGGUAUAAGUAGCAGUUGAGUGGCAGUGUUCUUGCUAUUCUCCGCGCUCAACACGGUACUGUUGGCCGACAUCUCGAACACUCCGACACAUAACAUAAUCUCCACAAUGAAGGUCCUCAUCACUGGCGCAUCAGGCCGGACCUCCGGCUACGUCCUCAAAGCCCUCCUCAACUCCCCCUCCAUCUCCGCGCCCGACCUGCGCCUCUUCGUGCGGUCCGAGUCCGCGAUCCAGAAGCUCACCGCGGCGCACCCGCAGCUCUCGUGGGCCCCAGAGAACUUCGCGCUCGGAGACUUCCUCGAGGCGAGCACGCUCCCGCCUGCGGUCGCGGACGUCGACGUCGUGUUCCACAACGCGCCUGCGUUCCACCCGAACGAGACCGCGAUGGGCAUCGCGCUGAUCGACGCCGCGCGGGCCGCGGGCGUGCACCAUUUCGUGUAUUGCAGUGUGCUCCAUCCGAUCUUGACGAAGCUACUGAACCAUCAAGUAAAGAGGGACGUCGAGGAGUACCUGAUCGAGUCGGGGAUGAACUACACCAUACUGGAGCCCACAUCCUUCAUGCAAAACAUCAACCUCGCGGCGACGCUCGAGUCCUCCGUUAUCCCCGCCGGCUACUCGCCCAAGACCCUCCAAGGCUUCCUCGACCUCGAGGACUUGGCGGAGAUCGCGGCGAAGGUCAUCCUCGACCCCGCGCCGCAUAACCGCGCGCGGUACGAGCUCGUCGGGGAGAACUGCACCACCGAGGACGUCGCGCGCGAGCUCGCCGCGCGCCUGGGGAAGGACAUCAGGAUCGAGAAGGUUGCGCUGGAGAAGGCGAUGGCGCAUGUGAAGGUGUCGAGCGACUAUGAGAAGGAUGCGCUUGACAGGAUGCUAUUCUAUUAUGACAAACGGUGGGUGUCUGCUGGUUUCGGGCCAAAGAUAGAUGAGGCUCACUCGAGCUGGUGUAGUGGCAUCCCGGGGAACGUCAACGUGACGCGCUGGCUGUUGGGUCGGGAGCCGACAACCUGGAAAAGCCUCAUCCAGCGCGAGGUCAAAGUGUAGCGUGUAGAAGAGUAGUUCGGCUGGAGCGGCCUGCAUGAGUGUAAAGUCAAAGUGCAGAAAAAGUCAAAUAAGCAGUCGCGUCUAGGCCGCCUUAUAUCCGGGAGCGACCUAAUAUAACAGUGUACUUACCACUGACGAUGGUCUACGAAACCUGCUACGUCACACAUUUGCAAAUUCACGAGCGAAG